AUGAGCGUAAGUAACAUAAAAUUGUAUUUGAUUAAAAUUUUAAUUUCUUCGUUUAUUUGUAGGUUUCUUCAAUGUUUCAGGGUUGCGAAACCAAUUUUUUCGUUUAUUUUGGAAAAAAUUGAACCUCAAUUAGAAUGUAUUAAAAGUAAUGGAGUGAGUGCAAAAAUUAAACUUGCUGCUUGUUUGAUUUUCUUCGGAGAGGGCAGAUAUCAGCACGAAACUGGACAAGACUUCCACGUAGCCAUGGCACAAACAACGUUUUCAAACACUUGGCGAGAUUUGAUACCACCUCUUAUCACACUAUUGGGCGAUUGGAUACAAUUGAAUAUGACAGAAUCUGAAAGAAUGGAGGCAAAACAAUAUUUCUUUGAAAGGUCGGGAAUAUCAGACGUGGUGAUGUGUGUAGAUGGGACCCACAUAAGGAUAGUAAAACCCAAAUAUCGCCCCCUUCGCUAUAUCAAUAGAAAAAAUUAUUACAGCCUCAAUGCUAUGAUUGUUUGUGAUCACAAAUAUCGCAUCAGAGCUGCGGACGCUAGAUUUGCAGGAUCUCAUCAUGACGCUUAUAUUUGGAGUAUUAGUCCCAUUCGCAAACAUUUUAGAGAUCUACAUAGUUCUGGAAUAACUGACAAGUUGUUGGGAGAUGCAGGGUAUCCUUCCGAACCAUGGCUUAUAACACCCAAUCGUAACCCAGAUUCAGGCACACAAGAAUCUAUUUUUAAUACAUUUCAUGCCAGAGGACGAAACAUCGUUGAGAGAACAAUAGGAAUACUGAAAUCCAAAUUUAGAUGCCUGCUUGGAGCAGAUGGGCGUCUCAAUUAUUCGCCAAAAAAGUGCACAAAUAUUAUAAACAUAUGUUGUGCACUACACAACAUAUGUAUAGAAAACAAUAUUGGUUGGCAGCAGAAUCUUGAUGAAAUGUUUUUGUUUAGAAAUGAUUAAAUUAAAAACGAUAUAAUAAAAAAAACAUUAAU